AUGGAUACUAACAAAAUUGGAGCAGGAAAAGAAACUGUUAUAUAUUCGCAACUUCAACCAUGGACUACAGUAGGUGUAUUAUCAUGCAUGGAACAAAUUACUGGUCCACCGAUUUCGGUCAGAGUUGGAGAAUUCUAUAAAACUCCAAAACCACAUCCUUGGCGUCCUACUUUAGGAUAUGAAAUCGUAGAAACAUCUCCUCUGCCGGCACAACCAAUGACAAAUUUGCUUGCUAAUACUUGUUAUAUGCCAAAAGGGAUGGCUACGGAACCGUUACGAUUUCCAAAUUUGGUGACUGGUUUCGAUAGAAAUCCUGCACAUGCAGCACGAACUGCACUUUUUACAAGAUAUGGUCCAUACGAAUGGGUGCAAAAUCAGCUAAAGCUUUAUAAUGAAUCAAAUACUAAUAGAAACUUCUCCGAAAACUUACGACAGGAUACCGUUCGGAUGAUGCGAGAAGCCGAUGAGAAAGUACAGAAUGGCCAAACUGAAACUGGUCGUAAAUUAGGGGAAAGAAUUACAGAUACUACUUUUUGGAGAAAUGAAGUAGCUUCAGAAUUGGAAAGACUGAUAAUAGAAAAUAUAAAAAUGCAAGAGUGUCGUCGAAAUUUACAAACUACGAUACAAAGUUUAGAGGGUCAAUUACACAUAGCACAGGAAUGUUUAUAUUAUCGUGAAGCUAGAACAGGUUCUGAUUUAGUACAUGACCAAGUAGAACAUGCUCUGCUAAAAGAAGUAGAAGUAGUUAGAAAUUCUCAAAAUAAAUUAGAACACUUUACGGAUAAAUGUAUUACUCAACUUACAAAUAGCAGAGCAAUACAAAAUCAAUUAGAAAUCGAUAUAAAAAAUAAAGAAACUGCACUUGGAAUUGAUAUUACAUGCCACCAAAUGAACAAUUUUAGUCGCGGAUUAAAAUAUUAUGGUGGUAUUGAAAAAUAUGAUCCUAGUGUUACGGAAGCCGAGUCAUGGGCUGAAGCUUCCAACAACGUAGUAAAAAAAUCACAGAAAGAACGAGAAAAAUCUAAUCAAGUAAGAAGUGAUAUAGAAAUUGCAAUAAACGCGGUUGGACAUGAAAUGUGGGAAGCAUGGGAAAAUACAAAUAAUGCGUUAGCUAAAAGAGCUGCGGAAAUGCUCGAAGCAAAAGAAAAAUUACAAAUACAUUUACACAAAAUUCAACAAGAAAUCUUUGAGAUUGAAAAGAAUUUGCAAUUAAUACAAAAAGCUAUCACAGAUAAAAGUUCUGCCCUUAAAGUUGCACACACUCGUUUAGAAAGCAGAACACAUAGACCAGCUGCAGAAUUAUGUAAAGAUUAUGCUCAACUCAGAAUGGUUGAGGAAGUAGAAACGAUAAAAUCAAUGAUACAUGAUAUGAAUUUAAAAUUACAAAAAUUUGAAGCACAACAUCAACAACUUCUACGUACUAGGUCUAACUUAGAAAGUGAUUUAAAAUCUAAAGUUGAUGCAUUAUUUAUUGAUAGAGAAAAGUGCAUGGGUAUGCGAAGAAGUUAUCCAGUUGCUUCAGUUAUAAGGUUUUGA